AAAGUUGCAAUAUUUAUUUAUAUAGAUGCUUAACAAGAACGUGCACUUCGGUUGAUGGAGACCGCCAACCCCGAAUCAUUAAAAACAUCGAAUGCCCAAUUAACUAAUACAAGUCAUCCCUCGUUGGAAAAAGGCGACGGAUAUGAACAUUCUCUCAAAGAAAAGUCCGUAUUUGAAGUCAAUCCCAAAGAAAAUUCCCAAACACACUCUCCCUCCUAAGUCGGCCAAGUCCUUGUCCUCCAAGUAAACCAGUCCCUAUAAAUAUUACUCUCGAAACGAAACCAAACCACUCAAUCCAAUCUCCCGAAGCCCCCUCCAAUUAUUCAUCAUCAAUGGCUCCUCCUCCUCCUCCUCCUCCUCCUCCUCCUCCUCUUCCUUAUUCCCCAUCAUCUGUCCACCCCCUCCUCGGACCGCCCGAAUGCCACGACCCGCCGCCUCCCCCCCAAGCCCGGCCCGCUCCCGCCCACCCCUUCACCAACCUGAUGGUUGCCAACUUCGACGACGACGGCGGCGACUUGCCUCGGAAGGGCUACACAGAGAACAACUCGGCCACAUUCCUGUCGAUGGGCAACCCGUGCCUCGACUUCUUUUUCCACGUGGUCCCUGACACCCCGCCCAGGUCCCUGACCCGGAGGCUCAAGUCAGCCUGGGCUCACGACCCGCUUAUCGCCCUCGAGCUCGUGUGCAACCUCCGGGGCGUGCGCGGGACCGGGAAGUCGGACAAGGAAGGGUUCCAUGCUGCGGCGAGGUGGCUAUUCGAGAACCACCCACGGACCCUGGCUUGCAACGUUGGGGCCUUCGCGGAGUUCGGGUACUUCAAAGACUUGCCCGAGAUCCUCUACCGCCUCGUCAAGGGCCCUGACAUCAGGGCGAGGCAGAAGAGCGAGUGGCAACAGCGGAAAGGCACCAAAAGCACGCGGCGAUUGCAAUCAUUUCCAGCGUUCAGCUGCUGCAAUAAAUCCAGAAGAAAGAAGGGGAGAUAUAGCUCGACGACGGCCACGGUUUCGGUGCCCAAGGAAGUGAGGGUCGCGGACGCAGUUGCGAGUAACCGGGAGCAGAAGCAAAAGGCGAGCGAGCUGAGGAACAGGAAGAGGAUUGCCAUGGCCAAGAAGCUCCUGGAGCGGUACAAGCGCGAUGGGGACUUCCGGUUCCUCCAUGACGCGGUGUCUGGGCACUUCGCCCCUUGCCUGACGGUGGACCUGCACUUCCAGAAAUCCGGGGAGAUCAACAGGAUCAACCUCGCCGCCAAGUGGUGCCCUUCGCUCGACUCGUCCUUCGACCUCGUGACGCUGCUCUGUGAGAGCAUUGCAAAGCGGGUCUUCCCACGGGACCGGUUUCCCGAGUACGAGGGCCUUGAGGAGGCGCACUACACGUACAGGGUCCGGGACCGGCUCCGGAAGGACGCCCUUGUGCCACUCCGGAGGGUCCUGGAGCUGCCGGAGGUGUACAUGAGCGCAGGGCGGUGGGGCGACAUCCCGUACAACCGGGUCGCCUCGGUGGCCAUGAAACUCCGCAAGGAAAAGUUCCUGAAGCACGAUGGCGAUCGGUUCCAGAGCUACCUGGCCGACGUGAAGUCAGGGAAGGCCAAGAUCGCCGCCGGCGCACUGCUCCCUCAUGAGAUUGUAGCCUCACUCGACGACCCCGACGGGGGCGAGGUCGCGGAGCUUCAGUGGAAGCGGAUGGUGGAGGAUCUAUCCAAGGCGGGGAAGUUGGAGAACUGUAUCGCGGUGUGCGACGUCUCGGGGAGCAUGUCGGGGACCCCGAUGGAGGUGUCGGUGGCGCUUGGGCUGUUGGUGUCGGAGCUUAGCCGAGAACCGUGGAAGGGCAAGGUGAUCACAUUCAGCGAGCGCCCUCAGCUCCAAGCGAUACAAGGCGACGACUUGCGCUCCAAGACCGAAUUCAUCAGAACGAUGGAAUGGGGUUGCAACACCAACUUCCAGAGUGUGUUCGAUAGGAUUCUAGAGGUGGGCACCGCGGGGAAGCUGAAGGCGGAGGAGAUGGUCCAGAAGGUGUUUGUGUUCAGCGACAUGGAAUUCGACCGGGCUUCCUCGAACCCAUGGGAGACGGACUACGAGGCGAUCAAGAGGAAGUUCGGGGAGCGUGGGUACGGGGUGGCGGUGCCGCAGAUCGUGUUCUGGAACCUGAGGGACUCGAGUUCGACGCCGGUUUCGGCGAAGCAGGCGGGGGUAGCGCUGGUGAGCGGGUUCUCGAAGAACCUGAUGAAGAUGUUCCUGGAGGAGGAGGGGUGCAUAAGCCCCGUGGCCAUCAUGGAAGCCGCCAUCUCGGGCAAGAAGUACCGGGACCUCGUCGUGGUCGAUUGAUUGAUUCCAGUUCUU